UUGGUCAUUCACAGGUACGUGUUUACCAUUGUCAGUUACCUGAUAGGGGUGUUCAUCUUUGCGACAAUCGUUGGGCAGGUGGGCAAUGUGAUAACGAACCGGAACGCCAAUCGGUUGGAAUUCGAAAGGUUGCUGGACGGGGCCAAAACGUACAUGCGGCAUCACAAGGUUCCCGGUGGAAUGCAGCGACGCGUUCUGCGGUGGUACGAUUACAGCUGGUCCCGGGGUCGGAUACAGGGCGGAGGGGACAUCAACACCGCACUCGGAUUGCUACCGGACAAGCUCAAAACCGAACUGGCGCUCCACGUCAAUCUCAGCGUGCUCAAAAAGGUGACCAUUUUCCAGGAGUGCCAGCCGGAAUUCCUACACGACUUGGUGCUAAAAAUGAAAGCCUACAUUUUCACGCCCGGGGACUCGAUCUGCCGAAAGGGUGAAGUGGCUCGGGAAAUGUUCAUCAUCGCCGACGGCAUCCUGGAGGUCCUGAGUGAAACCGGCAAGGUCCUGACCACCAUGAAGGCGGGCGAUUUUUUCGGGGAAAUCGGGAUCCUGAACCUGGACGGACUGAACAAGCGAACAGCUGACGUCCGCUCCGUGGGCUACUCGGAACUGUUCUCACUGUCCCGGGAGGACGUUCUGACCGCGAUGAAGGACUACCCGGAAGCACAAGAAAUUCUCCAAACGCUGGGACGCAAAAGACUGAUGGAGGUGCGCUGCGUGAACAAGAAGCACGCCAGCAAACACGCCGCCAAGGAAGCCGCGGUCGGCAGUGAUCAUAGCUCAAAUAUAAUAGCCAACAGCAGCAACAAUAACAACAAUAACCAAGGUGAUAGUAGUGAUAAUAGUGCCUCAAAACGUAUCGUAGAUAAGCUUAGGAGUGAUGUUAAGGGAUUGAAGAACGCUUUACGAAAAUCCAGAACGGGAACAACUAGACGUAGUAACGAAUCGAUCGAGAUGCAACCACUACAGGGCAACAUUAGCGGUGGCAGUGCUGGAAGUGGUAGUAAGACGCCCAAAACGACGCUGCGCAGGAUGCCCCGCGUCAAAUCGGACGACAUUCACACCGAAGACGAGAGCAAGGACACCGACAAGCUACCGAGUCCGAUCGGUGCCGGUCUUCCGCUGUUGCAGCGACUUCGCCUUCUCAAGGAGAAACAAGAUCGCGAAGAGCGAGCUGCGAAAGCCAACAACACCAUCAGCCAAGUCACCAAUAAUAAUAAUAAUGUUAAUAAUAGCAGUAACAAUAAUAAUAAUAAUAGUUAUACAAGUUCAACAACAACCACCGCACAAAUAAUCUCACCGCCGCAUACUCACGUAACCUCUGCCAUAUCACCACAGGAAUCGAUACAGGAAGAACCGGAACCGGAAGUGAUCGGGGCCGGUUUGCCGCUGAUGCAGCGGCUCCGGAUGCUCAAAGCGAAGGAAGAACGGGAAGCGAAGGAGGCCAGCUCGAAGCUCCAAGUGUCAGCGAACCAACAAACAUCCAGUUCGCCCUCGCUGAUUCAAAGCAUGAGCCCGACAUCGCCUACGCCUAUUAGAGGGCCACCGAGUCCCAUUUUGAACACUUCCGGGGCGGCUGGACAUCACCAUCCGCCCAAAACGUCGAUGCGGGUUUCCUUCAAGGAUCGCAUCAAAAGCAUGCAGCGGCAGGAGUCCAAGAUGGAGAGCCAGGCUGCGUCGAUUCCUGAAGGGACGGAUAUGAAUCAGCAUCUGCUAACCACCAGUCAUACGAAAGUAAUUAAAGUGUCGGCAGCGCAAACCCUCAAGGAAAAAAUUCGCUCCUUUGGUCAUCUCCAGAGGCACGACGAUCAUUUGAAACCGUGGUCCAAGCUGAAAUUAGCCACAGUAGUUAGCGUAGGUGGAAGUUAUACUAGUUUAAAUAAUAGUUUGAACGAAGAAUCGCCGGUCCUGGAGCCGGCCAAGAAGGGAACUCGCCUAAAGUCCUCGAUACCCGCAGACCUUAACCUUAGCUGUAUGGCUUCAACGACGCCCCCUCCAAUUGCUUCCGCUCCUCCAACCACGAUCUCCAGCAGGUCUGUGUUCCAACCACCGAGCAGAGUGUUCAGCAGUAUUGCAUUCAGCGAAAAAACUUGUGUGAGUGACAGCGAAGUUGCUAGCAAGAGAAUAGCUCCUCCGAAUGCGCGCGUCCGAAUGAAACCAAAACCGAUCAAGAUAGUUACCGAGCCUAAGGACUACAAAAGCUACGUGUCCGUAGAUGAUCUUUCGCCUGAAUAUAGCGGCCUUCCAUUUGUAAAGCGCCUCAAAAUUUUGAACGAACGCCAAAAGUUGGCUGAACUCGAAUCGGUGCUGCAAACCCGUAGCCUUAGUUUAGAUUGUACAGAUUCCAACAGUAGUGCCGGGUAUGAUCCCAUCGACCAAUUGUCCCGCAGCAAGAGUGAAGGCUCCGGCAUUGGAUCCCGCUCCAAGAGCAUCUCUCCCGUCGGCCAGUAUCAGCGCUCCGAAAUUGGAUCAACACCACUCAGUCCCGAGUCGAACGAAACGCCCGAAAGGCGACAGCUGAAGAGCAUUCUCAAGAAACUCUCCGAAGACAAACUUGCCCUCGAUCAGCGACACCACUUCCAAAACCGGGAUCUCAAAAAGUUGAUGCGGGCCCAAACGAUCGAAGGCGCACAAAUUAAAGCCCAUCAAACAACCAACUCCACGAGCGACGAAUGCUCCGUAACAACCGUGGCGGAAGCCCUUCCUUUCACCCCAGCAAUCCCGGAACAGCUUCCGCUUGCGGCACCCAUUCCACCGGCCACUGUCUGUGUGGCGACCGAAGAGAGCCAUCAGGCUCUGAUCAUCAGCAACACCGGUUAUCUGGACCCGGAUGAUCCCAGAUUUCACACCAACGGUAACCGGCAGUUGCUACUGGAUGAUCCCACCUCGAAGGGACCACUCUCAGCGUACGUGCCGCAGCGGAAGCUCAUCAAAGGUUCACUGGAGGAGCAGGAAUUUUUCGGGGAAGUUCUGCUCGGCAUCAAACAGGUCAUCCAGACGCACAUGAAAGAGAUUCAGGUCAAGUUUCAGGAUCAAUUCUUCAACAUGGAGCUGGAGGUGAAAAAGCGGGACGAUAUCAUAUCGAAGCUCCAGAACCGGAUCCAAGAGCUGGAACAGGACCAACCCAACGAAUCACAGCAGCAGCAGCAGUACGACGAUGGGGACCUCAAGCCAGGGGAUGAUCCCACGCCUACAGGGGAUGGCCUGCGACAAAAACAGGGAUCAUCUGGCAGUGGCACAUCGCCUUCGUCCGAGGAGCUGCCCUUCAUGCGCGGCGAUUCUUUGGACACAAUCUUUGCCUCGUCUCCGUACUCGGAUUCGGAUGGACCUCGAACACCGAAGCCUCGAACGAAAAAACCUCGUAGCUCACCGCGCCACAGACCUUUGAGGAAUCGACCCACCUGGGAUGAAAGCACUGACCAGGAUAGCUUCGACCGUAAGGAUUCCCCACCUGCAGCCACCCCAACCGGCGCUCCUCCUCCGAUUCCUCCAAGGCGCGUGACAGCCUCACCCGGUGGAAGUGGAGUUCGUAGCCCGUAUCGUGACAUCGUCAUUUCCGAAGUAACCGGAAACAUAAUCUCCGACAGUGUGGUACUGAACAUCGAUAACAGCUCAAGCUCCGAACAAUCGCAAUCCGAGCUCGAUAACGUGUACGAUGAGGAAGAGGAAGAAGCGGAAGAGGAGGAGGAAGAGCAAGUACCCGAAGGCCAAGGAGAGGAAGAGGAGGAUGAAGAUGACGAAUUCGCCAGCGAGUCGGGUAAGCUGGUGGCUAAUCGAGGCAAUCGGAGCAGUGAAGACGAUUUCGACGACGACGACUUCGACGACGAUGACGAAGACGAGCAGAUGAAUCACAACGAUUGGGAAGUGCGAAUGUUGGCAGCGGAGUUGCAAAGACGGGAAAGUGUGAGUACAGACUUCCCGAGCGAUUUGGAAGAAAAUGAUGGACUGUUGAGGCGGAGACGAAAGCGCAGCGAUACGGAUACCGAUGGCAGUGGGCCGGAGCUCGAGUCGAUGAGACGGCCAAGGGCUUCCAGCUUAGAUCAGCAUAACUUACGACGAGGAGCGAGCAUGAACUUGGGCAGCAGCAAGCACCGCGGGUCGGUCUUCAAGGCAAUGAGUUUCGAUCGGGACAAAGAUCGUCUCUGAGAAUUAAGACUCAAAUGUGAUGUGUGCAUGUUCACCAGUAUCACCAAUGUGAUCAUUAUCGAAUGGAACAAGAAACCAUAAGAAAAAAAAUGCGACGAGAGAGUGAGAGCUAAACAAGAACCAACGUUUUAAACGCACUACUAUAAACAGAAAAAAUAAUAAUGAUAAAUCCCUUGGAUAAAAACUUACAAAUAAACUCAGUAGAGGCAACUUCACAAAACAAAUAUUUCAACUAGGUUGAAAACUUCAUUCAGUUUCAGACAAACGAUUACGAAAACCUUAGGGACUAGCCACCACUGCUAGCAGAUAGCGAGAUUAAUUUGUUACAAAAACAAUUGAACUACAAUUAAACUAUAGAAGUUUAGUGAGAAUCUAAGAGAUUUUAUCGCACGUUUUGCACACAGAUGAAACAUUUAAUCUUUAGCGUAUCGUUAAGUUGUUAUUAACUAUUUUUCAUAUUUUAAAUAGACGAUAGCGACAAUUGUUACCUUCGCUUCCUUUACGCGAGGAAACGAACGGAAGCGCUGAAAGUUCCAAUAUAAAGGUGAAAUCCCGAAUAAAAAGAAAUACAACAGACGAAAAAUAAACAGGACAAAGAGUCGAUGAUUAGUAUUAACAGUCAAGGCAAUUACACUAUUACGAGUAGGGUAACUAGAGGCUAGUGGGUUCUAACUUAACACCCUAACGAUCAAUAUAUUCACCUAUAGAAUACCAACAAAUCUGAAACAACUUUUGUACAAUAAAUACAACCCUAGAGUAGCGUUUCAUCCCGUCCAAAAACCGAAUUCAGUAUUGUUGUAAUAAUUCGAAGUUUUAGGAUACUUAUUCUUCUUUUCGUUUGUGUCAAUCUCAGUUGGUUAAAUGGCUAAUUUUUUCGUUAGAUUAUCAUUACUUCAAGCAAUAACGUCAUUUUGUUUCGAUUUUCCCAAGUCCUGAAAUAUAAGAAAAUAUAUCGACAAUUAUCGAUCUUGUUCAUA